CUCCGUUGUACCACGAACACAUCGACAACCGAUCCGGUUUUUAUCAGUCUGAAACCUGAUAACGCCACGAUAAACAUUUACACUGAUCGAGCACAUUACACCCAACCAGACAACAUUCGAUCUGCGCUUCUGCGCAAAAUAUUUUACUUCGAGAAUUCGAGGUUCAAUUCCCUGAUAUUGUCAAUUAUGUCAUCCCAUCAUCAUUACGAAAGCGCGAAUUAUCCCCGCACCAUGGAAUUGCCGCUGCCCGUUGUCCACUCUGUGGAUUACGUUAAUCAGAGCACGUCCGUAUCAAUGCAGCCCAGCAUGUCGAUGCCGAUGUAUUUCAACUUUCAGAUUCCUGGAUACAUUCUCUUUUAUCUGUGGGCACCGCGGCGGGACACGGAGCUGAUCUGGUCGGUGUUUGUCGUGCUGGGCAUGGCGCUGGUGCUAGAAUCCUCCAAGAAAUUCCGCGAAUUAAUCAGCCGCUGGGAUGGGCAGCGGGUGGCGGAUCUCCUCAAAGCCCAUCCGCAGUUAUCCGCGGGCAUCUGGCUGCGCUUGGUGUUUCGCCGGUACCAUCUGCUGGAGACGCUGCUGCACGGAGAGGAAAUGGUGUUGUCGUACUUCCUCAUGCUGAUCGCCAUGACGUUCAAUGUGUGGCUGUUUGUGGCUAUGACGGCCGGCACGGUGUUGGGUUAUUUUAUUAUGACACCGCUGACCAGUCGAGAUAAGCGACCGGCGCCGGAUGAGGCGGCGGUUGGGUGCCGGCAUGGCACGGGGAUUUGUCGGGCGUGUGGGAAGAAUUGCGGGAAUAAAUGUCAGAAGAAUUGUGAUACGAGUUGCUUAUAAUAUCGGCGGAGAUUAAUGCAGGUUUUCGUUGGAUCGCUUAACGUGAAUACUCCACUCGGUGGCUGGUUAAAGAUUUUUAAUAUUUCGUGUUUUUUAUGUAUAAUUUGAAUGAUGAUGGACUUUUAAUUCCAUACAUUCUUGCUGCUACAAAUUUCUAAAAUUAAUUGCUCUGACAUUGCGAGUUUGCUUUAACUCAUUAACAAGCUUCUACAAAUGGCUCAUUUCUGUGCACUUCACAGUAAUGAUGGGAAAAAGAUGCUUACAGUAAAUACGCAUCCAUAGUUUCUCA